AUGAAAAAUUUAGUUACAUGCAAUGAUCGCCGGUGUAUACCGGAGAGAUUCUUCAAUAUUCAACCCGGCGAAGUUGUUGUUCACCGAAAUGCUGGGGGUAGCGUUCAGCACGCCCUCAGAGACAUUAUCAUUCUAGAUGAAGUCUUGGGCCUCAAGGAAAUAGCCAUUGUCCACCACACCGAUUGUGGCACCCUUCGAUUUAGAGAUGAAGACGUGCGGAAGUCUCUCAAAGCGAAGACUGACCCUAAACACUGGUCGGAAAUUGAUGCGAUGUAUCUAGGGGCAAUUACCGAUGUGGAUCAAAGUGUUCGAGAUGAUCUUGAAUGGCUCGGAACGACGCCUUUUGUGAGGAAGGAUUUGGUUGAAAGAACACGCGGGUUCAUUUUUGAUGUGAAAACAGGAGAGGGAGAGGACAACUUCAAAUGGGAGUGA